GAGCAGGACCUGGGAGAAGAGCAACGAAAGAAAAAGAGGAGAGAAAAACGGAACAACGACACAAAUGGCACUCAUGGCAGGGAUUUUGUUCACGGCCACCUUUCUUAUUUCUGGGAUUUCUACAUUUGUUUCGUCGGCACGGAUAUACCCCCCAAAUGAAGUCACGUUAUUGGACUCCAGAUCCGUACAGGGGGAGCUGGGAUGGGUCGCCAACCCGACAGAAGGAGGGUGGGAGGAAGUGAGCAUUAUGGAUGAAAAGAACAUCCCCAUUCGGACGUACCAGGUGUGCAAUGUCAUGGAGCCCAGUCAGAACAACUGGCUCCGCACCGACUGGAUCCCCCGCGGCGGUGCCCAGCGUGUCUACAUCGAGAUCAAGUUCACCCUCCGAGACUGCAACAGCCUCCCGGGGGUCAUGGGAACCUGCAAGGAAACCUUCAACCUUUACUACUACGAGUCCAACAACGACAAAGAGCGCUACAUCCGCGAGAACCAGUUCGACAAGAUAGACACCAUCGCCGCCGACGAGAGCUUCACUCAGGUGGACAUCGGCGAUCGCAUCAUGAAGCUGAACACGGAGGUCCGGGAUGUGGGAGCCUUGACCCGCAAGGGUUUCUAUUUGGCCUUCCAGGAUGUUGGAGCGUGCAUUGCGCUCGUUUCCGUCAGGGUCUUCUACAAGAAAUGUCCUUUGGCUGUGCGUAACUUGGCCCAGUUUCCCGACACCAUCACUGGGGCCGAUACGUCCUCGCUUGUGGAAGUUCGUGGCUCGUGCGUGGAUAAUUCAGAGGAGAAGGAGGUUCCCAAGAUGUACUGCGGGGCUGACGGAGAGUGGUUGGUGCCCAUUGGGAACUGUCUGUGCAACCCUGGAUAUGAGGAGCGUAAUGCAGAAUGCCAAGCCUGUAAGAUCGGUUACUACCGCGCUCUGGCCACCGACGGUUCCUGCUCCAAGUGUCCGCUCCACAGCUACUCCGUCAGGGAGGGCUCCACCUCCUGCGUCUGCGACAAGGGAUACUUCCGCUCUGAAACGGACCCGGCAUCCAUGCCCUGCACCCGCCCUCCAUCUGCACCGGUCCACCUCAUCUCCAACGUGAACGAGACCUCUGUAAACCUGGAGUGGAGCCCACCCCGGAGCUCAGGAGGGCGCAUGGACUUGACGUACAACGUGGUGUGUAAGCGCUGCGGGCCCGACGGCCGGCGCUGCCAGCCCUGCGGUAACGGCAUCCACUUCAGCCCGCAGCAGCUGAGCCUGAAGGGAACCAGGGUGUCCAUCAACGAGCUGCAGGCCCACACCAACUACACGUUCGAGGUGUGGGCGGUGAACGGGGUGUCGCCUCAGAGCCCCGGGCCGGAGCAGGCCGUGUCGGUGACCGUCACCACCAACCAGGCCGCUCCCUCCCCAGUGACUUCCAUCCAGGCGAAGGAUAUCACAAGACACACCAUCUCUCUGGCCUGGCAGCCACCAGACAGAGCCAACGGGGUCAUCCUGGAGUACGAGGUCAAGUACUACGAGAAGGACCAGAAUGAGAGAAGCUAUCGAAUCAUCAAAACCUCUUCUAGGAAUACCGACAUCAAGGGCCUCACCCCCCUCACCUCCUACGUGUUUCAUGUGCGAGCUCGCACGGCGGCCGGCUACGGGGAAUUCAGCGGCCCGUUUGAGUUCAUGACCAACUCCGUCCCUGCUCCCAUUAUCGGCGACGGGGCCAACUCCACGGUGCUGCUGGUGUCGGUGGUGGGCAGCGUGGUCCUCCUCAUCAUCCUCAUCAGCGCCUUCGUCAUCAGCCGAAGAAGGAGUAAAUACAGCAAGGCCAAGCAGGACUCUGACGAGGAGAAGCACUUACAUCAAGGAGUGAGGAUAUACGUCGACCCCUUCACCUACGAGGACCCGAACCAAGCGGUCCGCGAGUUCGCCAAAGAGAUCGACGCCUCCUGUAUCAAGAUCGAGAAAGUGAUUGGCAUCGGGGAGUUCGGCGAGGUCUGCAGCGGCCGCCUGAAGAUGCCGGGCAAGAGGGAGAUCUGCGUGGCCAUCAAGACGCUGAAGGCCGGAUACACCGACAAGCAGCGGAGGGACUUUCUGUCCGAGGCCAGCAUCAUGGGCCAGUUCGACCACCCCAACAUCAUCCACCUGGAGGGCGUGGUCACCAAAUGUAAGCCAGUGAUGAUUAUCACAGAGUACAUGGAAAACGGAUCGCUGGAUGCAUUUCUGAGGAAGAACGACGGCCGUUUCACGGUCAUCCAGCUGGUGGGCAUCCUGCGCGGCAUCGCGUCAGGCAUGAAGUACCUGUCUGACAUGAGCUACGUUCACCGCGACCUGGCGGCUCGCAACAUCCUGGUCAACAGCAACCUGGUGUGCAAGGUGUCCGACUUCGGCAUGUCCCGAGUGCUGGAGGACGACCCUGAGGCCGCGUACACCACCAGGGUGAGUGUGUGUGUGAGUGUGUGUGUGUGUGUGUGUGGCCGACUGGCUCAGUGGUCUGUCUGCCUGUCACCUUACUUGUCAGCUUUCAUAAAUCAGCCCAACUUUCAAUUACAGGGAGGGAAGAUCCCCAUCCGCUGGACGGCCCCAGAGGCCAUCGCUUAUAGGAAGUUCACCUCGGCCAGCGACGUGUGGAGCUACGGCAUCGUCAUGUGGGAGGUGAUGUCGUACGGCGAGCGGCCAUACUGGGACAUGAGCAACCAGGACGUGAUCAAGGCUAUUGAUGAGGGCUAUCGGCUGCCCCCGCCCAUGGACUGCCCCGUGGCGCUGCACCAGCUCAUGCUGGACUGCUGGCAGAGGGAGAGGGCCGACCGGCCAAAGUUUGGGCAGAUUGUCAACAUGCUGGACAAGCUGAUCCGCAACCCCAACACCCUGAAGAGGACCGGGGGAGAAACCGCCGUCAGGCCCAACACCACCCUGCUGGAGCCCGGGAGCCCCGAGGCGUCCUCGGCUGUGGGCACGGUGGAGGACUGGCUGCAGGCCAUCGGCAUGGAGAGAUACAGCGACAACUUCACCGCUGCCGGCUACACCACUCCAGAGGCUGUGGUCCACAUGACGCAAGAGGACAUGGCACGCAUAGGCAUCUCCUCGGCAGCGCACCAGAGCAAGAUCCUGACCAGCGUCCAGGGAAUGCUGUCCCAAAUGCAACAGAUGCAAGGCAGAAUGGUUCCCGUCUGAGAGAUUCAAACAAAGAGAAAAAGGAAAAAGGAAACAAAGCGACUUUUGUUUCUUACGAAAAAAUAAAUAAAUAACAAAAAAGAUAAAUAUUAAAAAAAACAAAACAAAAGAGAGACAAACAAACUAUGAAGAAAUAGUUUACCUCAUCCAUGCACUUUAAAUUGGAUCUAAAAGAAAAGAAGACGUUGAUGAAGAAGAAGAAGAAGAAAAAAGUGGUGAAAAUGGCACUUUUUUUUUUUUUUUCUUUCCCUUUGCCCUUUUUGUUGUUUUGGAGAAUGGGACGCUUCUGUCUGCAGCAUUUCUGGAUAGAUGGAGGGACGGCUGGAAAAGUGCUUCCGAGAGGCCAAUCUGGAGUGCCUUUAAUGGUCUGGAAGGAACAGUGAGGGAGGGGGAAGCGAACCUUCCUCCUCCUCUUGGGCAGAGUGUUGUUUCUGGAACUUUCUUUCUGGAAUAAUCCGAGGAGCAGAUUUUUUUGAUUUCCUGUGACUGUGUUUAUUGUACAUGAAUUAUUUCUGUGGGACUCACGGGCUGCCCCGGCCACCAUUGUUCUCUCUCUCAGCUGGAUCUGUUUGAUAUCUCCCGGCCAAAACGGAGGAUCCCAACCGUCAGAUAUAAACAGUGAAUGUCUGCGAGGUUGAGGGUUGGAUUCUGGGGGGAGACGGCGGUGCAGGGAGGGCUUAUUUUGAGGAGCUUUUUGUGUUGUGUGCUCUGUUCUGGCCUUGUUUUUCUCCCAGAACGCUGUAUUUUCUUGUCCUCAGGACGUUGCUGAGAAUGUCUUUGAUCUUCCAGAGGAGCCUUCCCACUCCCCUGUCUUCCCAAAAAAAAAAAAAAAAAAGCCCUCCGACACCUUCGAUAAACACACAAUUUGGAUUCUUCCAUUCAUCCCCCCCUCACACUGCUGCAGGACCAACCGGCUCUUCCUCACCUCCUCUGAUGGACGCCUGUUUGGACCAGUUGAAUUGGCUUCGCAGACAGGACCAAGGAAUUUAUUGGCGAGAUUUAUCCGGACAAAAAGGCAGGACGGAUGCAGAGUGAAUCACAAUCGUCAGCAUCAUCUUGGCCAGGAAAAUAAACAAGAAAAUACACGGAGGAUUCCUCGAGCCGUCAUCAAGCUGCUGCCGUCCAUCACAAACAGGAUCCCGGCCCUCGCUCGCCACCGCCACAAUCCCUCUCCCGCUCUUCCUCCUUUGUCUUCCUCCUCCUGCUCAGCCCCUCCUCUCCUUUUCGGGGUCACCGAGAUGACAAGUCCAUCCCGCCGAGCGUCCGGGACGAGCUGACAGACUGGCCGCCCGGCGCUCGUGGCCGUCCGGCGACGUGCUGGAAUUACUAUGAAUGAUUUAACAGCAUAAAAAAAACAACAAAAGAGACAAUAAGAAGAAUGUAAUAUAAUGGAGAAGCCCUGCUCCAGCCGAUAAUGUACUUUUUUUGUUUUUGUUUUUUUGGAAAGUUUCAUUUUAUUUUGUGAGUUUUUGUUGUUGUUUUUUUUUAUUGUUCUGUUUGCAUGUAAAGUAACAAGGAUUUGAUUUGAAUGCGAUGGUGUGUGUGUGUGUGUGUGUGUGUGUGUGUGUGUGCACGAGCGAGUGUGUGGAGUGACGACGUCUUUGAAGUACUAUCAGUAAUCGUGUCUGUUUUCAUGCCACUGUGGAGGAAGAGGAGGAGAUAACAGAGUUGUAUAGUUUUUGAUAUAAAAAAAACAGAAAAACCCUGGACUUAUUUUUCUUUUUUUUUUUCUUUUUUUUUUGGCUUUUUGUGUCGUCUAAAUAAACGGUGUGUUGCUCACGUUGUGCAAACUCUACUCGGCAACAGCAUUUAUUAAACAGCUUUCUGGAAUGCGACCCAUUUCUGCUUUUGGCAGCGACGGCGGCUUGGACACGAGUGUGACUAAAAGCCUCCUGCGCAUACAAACACAUCGGACUCGAGUUUGGACUCUCCGAGCUUCACGACAAGUCGAGGAGGAACCGGUUUUGAAACUACAUCCCCUGUACACAGCAAAGGAUCAGAAAACUGAGGAAAGAGGCGUUGAAGAAGGGAAAACUGUGGGUUCUUUUUUAUUCUUUUCUCCAGAGCACAUCAUACAGCUACAGGUUUAACCCAAUGGACUACGUUCCUUUUGUUCCUUUAUCUUUUUAAACUAUACUUAUGUGAAUGUUUUUGAACUCGUAAGCGACGCUUCAUAUAAUACAAAAACACCUCCGUCCUUAAUACAGCUCUACUGCUCUUUCCUUUUUUUGGCGAUGGUUUUUUUGGGGGUUUAUCUAUCGAAAAGGACCUGUUUGGAAAUAUGCAAGACAUGUUGGGAAAGGAGAAGGAAACCAGAAUGUACUGUAAAAUACUUUUUUCCUUUACUUAAAUGUCGGAUGAUUUGAAAAGACAAAAAA